AGGUAGACCUGGAGAAGAAGGAAGCUUGGUGGUGAAGGGGACAGCGUCUGGCCCAGAGCCGAAGCUCGCGGGGGUGUCCAGACUCGAGUGAGGGGAGAGAUCCCGGUGUAGAGGCCGAGCGGGCCUCCAAGCUGGCUUCCGGGACCUCCGGCGCCCGGACUUUGUCCGUGGGACAGGAGGAGUCUUCUGAAGGCAAAGGUCAUGGACCUGAUCACAUCCAUGGCCGUUCUGCCCCUACUCUUUGGCUGUGUGGGCAUUUUCAGCCUCUUCAAGCUGCUGCAGCGGAUGCGCAUGAAGGCCUACCUGCAGGACGCUGUCGUGGUCAUCACAGGCGCCACCUCUGGGCUGGGCAAAGAAUGUGCCAAAGUCUUCCACGCUGCAGGCGCUAAGCUGGUUCUCUGCGGUCGGAAUAGGGAGGCCCUGGAAGAGCUCACCAGAGAACUUGCUGCUCCUCGUGCCACCAAGGUGAAGACACACAAGCCGUACAUGGUGACCUUCGACCUGGCAGACCCUGGUGCCAUUGUUGCGGCGACAGCUGAGAUCCUGCAGUGCUUUGGCCAUGUGGACAUACUGGUCAACAAUGCUGGGAUCAGCUACCGUGGCACCAUCACGGACACCACCGUAGAUGUGGACAAGAGAGUGAUGGAGACAAACUACUUUGGCCCAGUCGCCCUAACGAAGGCACUUCUGCCCUCCAUGAUUGAGAGGAGACAAGGCCAUGUCGCUGUCAUCAGCAGCAUCCAGGGCAAAAUCAGCAUUCCUUUUCGAUCAGCCUAUGCGGCCUCCAAGCAUGCAACCCAGGCAUUCUUUGACUGUCUGCGCGCUGAGGUGAGGCAGCAUGAGAUUGAGGUGACUGUGAUCAGCCCAGGCUACAUCCGCACCAACCUCUCCCUGAACGCCAUCACCGCUGAUGGUUCCAGAUAUGGAGCUAUGGACAAGACCACGGCCCAGGGCCGGAGCCCCGCGGAUGUGGCCCGAGAUGUCCUCACUGCUGUGGGGAAAAAGAAGAAAGACGUGAUCCUGGCUGACCUGCUGCCUUUCUUGGCCAUUUACCUUCGAACUCUGGCUCCUAGGCUCUUCUUCAGCCUCAUGGCCUCCAGGGCCCGAAAGGAGCGGAAAUCCAAGGACUUGUAGUCCUGGCCAGAGCUGGGAUCAGAGGCAGCACCUGCUGGGCAUGGCUGCUCUGCGAGGGACAGCUGCAUCUGUGGGACUUGGGGAGAUUUGUCUUCUGGUGGGAAAGACAGGCAAGCACAGCCGCAGACCCUGGCCAGGCCCGACUGGGAGAGAAUGACCAGAGAACGCAGCCAGGCUUCUUCCCAGGUUUUAACUCUUAAAAGCAUGAAGUGAGUGGAGCAGGCGGGAGCCAUAGUCCUCAGGGACUCACAGGACCACGCCUCCUUUGAGUUACAGCCUCAGCAGCUCCUAGAAAUUGUCUGUCUUAGUUGCUCUCACCUUUGACUUAUCCAAGACCAUUUACCUAGUUUUGGCAGAGCCCCCCUCCAGAACUCAAGGGAGAAAGCCGCAGUUUUAAGAAAUCAUUGUUAUUCACGUCCACUCCCAGGCCCUCUAAUCUCCCAGUCAGUGUAGAAGAUGAGCCUGCACAAAAUCAGUUGCCUGGUGCACCCCAAGGGAGCAGGCGUCAGUCUGGAACGAGCCCUGGCUCUCCUGUCUACUUCACAGAGGCGUGCAGGACCCUGCUGCCUUUGCUGAGAUGGCAGCCAGCGGGAGGGGGAGCCGUGGGGUCCUACAUGCCCCCCAGGAUGCUGGUCGGUGGCUCUUCAGCAGUCUUCUGGCAGAGCUGUCGUCUGUUAUCUGUGACUGGUGUUCAAGCCAAAAAGAAUAACUGCUUUCCCCUUUUCGAUAUAUUAAAAAUGCAUGGUUGACGUUCACUGAGUAGGUCAAAUUAAGUUCUGAAGUUUAGGAAGGACUUUUCCUAUUGAAAUUGACAGCUUAAAUUGUGCCUUUUCUAGGUCCACUGUAGACUUCUCAGAACUGAAAUAAAGUCUAAGGUAGCACGCUGGCACUCACGUCACAGCUCUGGCUUGAGGAGCUUGGGUUGUAGACGCUACCCCAAGAGAUAGACACCCAAAGCCCCCUGGGAGGGGAGAGGAGUGGCUGGUGAGCUCUGGGAACAGCCCCAGUCACAGCACACCUUGGGCAUUCCAGGGCUCUUUGGUUAAAACAUGGACAC